AUGCUUGACCUUGUUAACAACACUUCACCCCCGCUUUCAAAAAGUCCAGGCAGGGGAAUGGUACCUUUGAUCCAAGACCGAUUUGUCCUUCACGGUCCUAAUGGCAGACAUCCUUGCUGCGUCACGACACCGGCAAGAUGUAGCGUCUCAGGCGCAAAGGAUGGGUCGUACACACGCCUGUUUCAGGCUGAUACCGCUCGCUCGCUUAUCGCACAGCUCGUGCUAGCUGUUGGAUACACCCAUUCAACGGGGGUUGUUCAUGGAGACCUUCAUCUUGGCAAUGCUCUCCUGCGCCUUCCGGCCGAUUUUGACAACCUCUCAAUGGAAGGGCUGUAUCGCAAAUAUGGUUCGCCUACUACAGAGCCUGUCGUUCGUCUUGACAAUGGACCACUGCAGCCGAAUGUUCCAUCCACUGCCGUUCUCCCCAUGUGGCUUGGGAAACCAUCCGAAGAGUUUUUGGCCUCAGAAGCCCAGCUCCUACUAACCGAUUUCGCGGAAGCAUAUUUUCCUUCAACAGAGAAUCGGUAUGAGUCCCGCACGCCCUUGGCAUUCGCGCCACCCGAAGCUCGCUUUGAGCCAGAGCGAAGUCUGUCCUUCUCAUCUGAUAUCUGGACACUUGCGUGUGCUAUAUGGUUAAUUCUUGGACAACGCCCAUUGUUUGAAGACAUACUAGUCACACAAGAUGAUAUCACAGCUGAGCAGGUUGAUGUCCUUGGAAAGUUACCUUCGGAGUGGUGGGAGAAAUGGAACGAAAGACACGAGUAUUAUAAUGAAGAGGUGAAAGAAACCCUCGAAACCGUCCAAUGCAUAGCAAUAGAUACCAAAACAGGAGUUGAUGAAUUGAAAUCAGAGAAUCACACAGAUAAGAUCAGAAAGUGGCUGUUGCCUCCCGACCCGUCAACGAACUUGAAUGAAGCCCUGAAUAAGAAACACAUCGGUACUGGGUCUUGGCUUUUGGAAAGCGAGCCAUUUCAGAAGUGGAAAGGCAGCGACUAUGACAGUCUCUGGCUACAUGGCAUUCCGGGUGCGGGGAAAACAGUUCUCAGUGCUUCAAUCUUUGCCGCAUUGAGCCAGGAGCCUGAUCAAUCUGAAAACAUUCCUCUCCUGUACUUCUUUUUCGACUUCAGUGACAAUAAAAAACAAUCGCUCAGCGGGCUUGUUCGCUCGCUUGUGACACAGUUGGGCUCAAAGAGUGAUACAGCGCGAGGGUGUCUUGACACCCUUUUUUUGUCUACUCAAGGCCGUGGACAGCCCACAGAUGAGGUACUCUGUGCUACGUUUCAGCAAAUGCCGGACACUGUGAAAGCUACGCGCAUAAUCAUAGACGCAUUGGAUGAAUGCACAACAAGUACCGAUCCCCUUCAAUGGAUAGAAACCCCCAUCCGCUCAGAAGGCACGGUGCCUCAACUCGUUGUUACAAGUCGCAAAGAAGUGGACAUUGAGUCUAGUUUCGAACGGCUGCUACCUAACGACAGUAUUUAUCCUAUUAUACAGGGCCCUGUGGACGACGAUAUUCUUGCAUAUGUUCAUGAGCGGCUGUUAAGUGACCGUGGAUUUGAGAGACGGCGGUCAGAUGCGUCAGUGCAAAAUGAAAUCGAGUCUGAACUUAUGAAAAAGGCAGGAGGAAUGUUUAGGUGGGUUGUAUGCCAACUUGAUAUUUUGCAAAAGUGCUUGGACCUCAAAAUGCUUCGACGGUCUCUCCCGAAGACUUUAUCAAAGACAUAUGGCCAGAUUUUGGCCGAUAUCGAUGAAAGCUCCAGGGAUUAUGCCAUACGACUUUUGCAGUUUUUGACUUACUCAGAGCGUCCCUUGCGCCUUGAGGAAGCUGUGGAAAUUAUGGCAAUAGAUCCCGCCGCACAGCCUCCUUUUGAUGCUAAGCUAAGAAUGCCAGAGCCUCGCGAUAUCAUGAGAAUAUGCCCAAGUCUCGUUUCUCUCGUGAUGGAUCGUUGCGGCAUGAAAGUCCAUCUAUCUCACUUCUCUGUUCAACAGUAUCUGAAAUCCAACCUGAUCAAUGCAAGUUUCCCAGAACACAUGGCUGAUGUCGGAAUGCUGUUCCAAACAAGCUUGAGUGAAAGCAGCGCACGAGCCUCGAUAGCCACAGUUUGCCUAUCAUACUUGUCUCAUUUCAACGACGAAGGCGCUAUCACGCAUGGCAUGGGAUUCUUUUCUCUAUAUCCAUAUUCUACGCACUAUUGGAUGGAACAUGCAAGGGCGGCAGAGAGUAACAAGGAACUGAUUGAUACGAUUUUGAAGUUCUUCCUUCAAGAAAGGGGAGCAUGCAGCAUCUGGGCCCUUUGGUUUGAAGAAUAUAUGUUUAAAAGAAUGGUCCGGCGCCGAUCUCUCCCAUGGCGUCGAACAGACGAGGCCCCACCCAUAUAUUAUGCAUCUUGCGCAAGCCUCCGUCAUAUUGCCGAGAUCCUCAUAGAUCGCGGGGCCGACGUGAAUGUCCUGGGCGGAGAAUACGGAUAUCCACUUGUAGUCGCGUCCUCUGAAGGUCAAAGAGAUAUGAACCAUGGCAGAUUUGAUCACGGUACGCCACUGCUCGCUGCAUGUUUCGAUGGUCACAAGGAGGUCGUGCAGCUUUUGCUAGCCAAUGGCGCCAAUGUCAACGCACCAAACAGUCGAUGUGGAACGCCACUCAUGGAUGCUUCGGUCAAUGGUCAUCUAGAAGUUGUCAACCAACUGCUAGAGCGAGGCGCCGAUGUUAAUGCAACAAUAUAUUCAAAGCCCAAACCAUUCCGGAAUGCCUUGGGAGCUGCCUGCUGGGAAGGUCACCAAGCAAUUGUGCAUCAAUUAUUGGCGAAAGAGGCUAUGAUUAAUAGAGACGGUGGGAGCUGGGGCAAUCCGCUCACGGCAGCUUGUGCCCAAAGCCAUACUGAGAUUGCAGCAUUGCUUUUAGAAAGGGGUAUUAACAUUAACGAGCGUUGUCGAUCUCGUUGA